AGUCUCGCCAUGACUUGCUACAUCUACCAGCUGCCGUCCUGGGUGUUGGACGACCUGUGCCGCAAUAUCGACACGCUCAGUGAGUGGGACUGGAUGCAGUUCGCUUCCUAUGUGAUCACAGACCUAACACAGCUGAGGAAGAUCAAGUCCAUGGAGAGGGUCCAAGGAGUGAGCAUCACCCGGGAGCUGCUGUGGUGGUGGUCCAUGCGGCAGGCCACUGUUCAGCAGCUGGUAGACCUUCUGUGUCACCUGGAACUCUACCGAGCUGCCCAGAUUGUCCAGAGCUGGAAGCCGGUUCCUAAGAGCACGUCUCCCCUCCCAGCCUUCCCAGAGGUUGUGAAGCCAGAGCCCAUGGCUACUUCUAGAAGAAACCUCAAGGAUGAACAGGAGAAGGACCAGCCUAUGAAGCCACACUCCUUUCUGGGCACAGGGACCACCACAGCUGGGAACCAGCAGCCGGCCUCACAUCAGCUUCCAUGCGAGGAGGAUGUCCCUUGUUCCCUGAAAACUGAUGUACCUGAUUCUACCCAAUCUAAGUACUGCAGCACGUCCACACCUAUCCCCAAGCAGGAAAAGCUUUUGAGUUUUCCCGGAGACAGGCUUUUCUGGAGUGAAGCGGAUGUCGUUCAUGCAACUGAGGACUUUAACCAAAGCCACCGAAUCAGCGAGGGGACCUUUGCUGAUAUCUACCAGGGACAAAGGAACGGUGUGGCCUUUGCCUUCAAGAAGCUCCGGGAGGUGGCCGGCUCAAGUGCAGGGUCCAUGGACAGAUUCCUACAGGCAGAGAUGCAGCUCUGCCUCAGAUGCUGCCACCCCAACAUCUUACCUCUGCUGGGUUUCUGCACUGGAAGACAGUCCCACAGCCUCAUCUACCCCUACAUGGCAAAUGGCUCUCUGCAGGACAGACUCUGGGCUCAGGGCGACUCAGACAUGCUGCCCUGGCCACAGCGUGCCAGCAUCUCCUCAGGGCUGCUUCUAGCUGUGGAACACCUGCAUAGCUUGGACAUCAUCCACGGCAACGUUAAGAGUGCCAACGUUUUGCUGGACCAGCAUCUUAACCCCAAGCUGGCUCAUCCUGUAGCUCAUCCGUGUCCCGACAAUAAAAAGACGAAAUACACCGUAAUGAAGACUCACCUGUUCCAGGCCUCAGCUGCAUAUCUGCCUGAAAACUUCAUCAGAGUGGGGCAGCUGACCAAGCAAGUGGACAUCUUCAGCUGUGGAAUUGUAUUGGCAGAGGUCUUCACUGGCAUCCCUGCGAUGGACAAGGACCGCAGUCCAGUUUACCUGAAGGAUUUGCUUCUCCGUGAGAUUCCCAGCAGUACUUCCUCAGUCUACUCCAGGAAGACAGGCAUGGGGAAGGCUCUGGUAAAACAGAUCUGCCAGAAGCAUGUGGAGAGGAGGGCGGGGCUGCUGCCUGUGGCCUGUGAGGAAGCCUGGGCCACCGCUGUGAGUGUCUGCCUGCAGAGGCGCAAUGCCAGCGUGGAGGAGGCUCGACUCUCCAUGGUUGGGGUGGAGGAGCAGCUCCGAGGGCGGCUGUCCCUCCCUUGGAGCAGGGUUUCUGAGGACACAGGCUCCUCUUCCAAUACCCCAGAGGAAACCGAUGAUGUUGACAAUUCCAGCCUCAGCGUCCCCUCUUCUGUUAUGGUGGUGUCGUGCCCAAGGGUUGCCUCCUCUCCACUCUCCACGGGAAGUGGAACAGCACAGCCAUCUACCAGUGGGAGACAGGAGACCGACUCCUCAGAGGUUUGCACAGGCCUACAGCCACCCCAGGACGCAACAGAGAAUUCAUGGAAAAUUGAGAUCAAUGAGGCCAAAAGAAAACUGAUGGAGAACAUUCUCCUCUAUAAAGAAGAGAAGCUGGACAGCAUUGAGCUUUUUGGACCCUGAUGACUGGAGCACAACUGAAGACCCUUAUUCUCAACUGAAUAGACAAAUGUCCGGUCAAGGAGGAGGUCUUUGGCUGUCCAAGGUCUGUUGAGACUCAUACAACCCCAAAUCAGCCUGAACAGAAGGAAAUAUGGCUUCAUCAGAGUCGAGUUGCAGGGAGGGGGCAGGGGGGACCUCAACUUACACAGACACCGAACUCCAGGAGGGACUCCUCCUCUUUGAACCUUCUUAGAGGGCUAUGAAGUGGAACACCUUUAUGUGACCCAAGGCUUUGGGUAGUUUUGUGUUCCAGGGAGCCCAUGUUGAUUACCACCUUAAGAGAUGCUGUUGCCCUAAAAGUUCUUGGUCCUCCACAAUGGACAGAGCAAUUCUGCAGCAUCUGUGCUGUUUUCCAGAGUUUUCAUCUGUCAGUCAUAUUUGCAGACAGCUUUCUGCAAAUUUCCACCUCUUAAAAGACCUUCAGUUGGUGUCUCAGCAAUGUUUGACCCAUCUCUCAAGUUCAGGACUAACUACAAAAGCAGGACAGUUGGCAAAGGACUCCUUCUUCAGUUGGUGGUGAUCUCGUAAGCCACUGUUUAUUAUUUAGGAACUGCCUGCUUUUCAGCUUUGUCUUCCUGUCACACCCAGGUUUAUUUUAAUGGAGACUCAGAGGUUGUGUGUUAUUUAUAGCUAGGUGAAGAAGCAUGAGAAACAAUCUCAUGUUUGAUUCUGCUGCUAGUUAAGUCAAUCACUCAGUGGGUGGUAACUCAGUAUCCUUGUCAGGUAACCCUACUCUAUUCUCCCUCGGGAAGAACAGAGCUGCUGUAUUCUGCUUUCCUGAGGAUAGGUGUAGCGGCCAUAGAAGCACUUUGAAAAUGUAUCUGUUUUGUUUUAUAAAUUAAGUAAAAGAUAUUUAGUUCAUGUUUCUGCCAUAUAGAAAAUGUGUAUGAAGUGAAUAUAUUUUUGAAAAGUCAUGUUGCAAACCUUUUUGUAAAACAAAGCUAUUUCUAAUUGACUAUUUAAAAAUAAUUCCACUAUAGUGACAAAAUAAAAAUGUUUGUAAUCUAGCAGAUGUCUUAUAA